CAUUUCCGUUAUAAAUAGCUCCCCAGACUACACUCAUUCAACCAAGAACACAGAUAAUAAUAACAUUUGUUGCUAAACAAGAGGUAUUCAAGUAUGUCUUGCUGCGGAGGAAAUUGUGGGUGUGGAUCAGACUGCAAAUGUGGCAAUGGCUGCUCCGGGUGCAAGAUGUAUCCAGACAUGAGCUAUGCAGAGGAGAGCAGCAACAAAGAGGCACUUGUGUUUGGUGUUGCACCCAAGAAAGAGUAUGUUUUUGAGGGAUCAGCAGAGAAUGGAGGAUGCAAGUGUGGAUCAAACUGCAGCUGUGACCCUUGCACCUGCAACAAAUGAUCUACUCCUACUAAUACUACUAGCUCUCUAAAUCUUGUCUCUGUCAUGUAGAAGCUAUCCACAGCCUCUACUUCUGUGUUCGCUGGAUGUGUGUGUAAUAAUAAUACUCAAGUGGCUGUGAUACACUGACCUUGUAUCAACUAAGCCAUUCUUGUGCAACUUUAAGUGGUUAUGUAUAAAUGUUUCUGUCUUAAUUAAGGGCUAUUAUGUUGUGUUUAUCAA